AUGUUAAAGUGGGGUAUUAUUGGUACUGGUAACAUUGCACACACAUUUGCCAAGGCACUUCAGGUUGCCAAAAAGGGUGAGCUUGUCGCUGUAGGCAGUCGUUCCAUCGCUACUGCCGAGAAAUUUGCCCAAGAAUUCGAUAUCAAGCAUAGCUUUGGUAGCUACAAUGAGCUGCUGGCCUUUGAUCAAGUCGAUAUCGUCUACAUCUGUACACCUCAUCCUCAGCAUUACGAUCUGGCACUGACCACUGCUAAAGCAGGCAAGCACAUGUUGAUCGAGAAACCCAUGGCAAUGACAGAAGCACAAAUCAAGUCGAUUCUGGAUACGGCCAAGGAGCACAAUCUGUUUGUCAUGGAGGCUUACAUGUACCGCUGUCAUCCUCAAACACUCAAGGUGGUAGAGUUGAUUCAGUCUGGUGCUAUUGGUCAAGUGAAGUUGAUUCGCGCCAACUUUUCAUUUGAUGGCAGACCAUUGGGGCCUUCCUCAAGACUCUGGAGAAACGAACUUGGUGGUGGUGCUAUCAUGGACAUUGGUGGAUACCCCAUGUCAUUCUGUCGUCUCAUUGCUGGUGUAGCCAACGAUAAAAGUGAAUCUUAUUCAGGAGGUGGAGCUAACCCCAUAAAGGUAAAGGCCACUGGUUACAUUCAACCCGAUACAAAGGUGGAUGAGUGGUCCAAUGCCUCUGUUGAAUUUGAAGGAAGCAUUACUGCUCAAUUGUUUACGGGUAUCUUUGCUGACACCGAUUGCAGUGUUGAAGUCUUGGGUAGCAAGGGCUCCCUCAAAGUGGUUAAUCUGUGGAGACCUGAUUUGGCUGUGUUGGGUCCUGUUCAGAUUGAUUUGACUGAAUACGGCAAAGAGACCAAGGUGAUUCCUGUCGAGUUACAAGAAACCAACUUGUUUGCCUAUGAAGCUGAUGCCGUGGCUGAUGCCAUUGCUCAAGGCCAACACGAGUGCAAGUACAUGAAUUGGCAAGAUACUUUGGGUCAAGCGCAUGCCAUGGAUGCUUGGAGAAAGGAGAUCGGCCUCGUUUACAAAGAAGAUCAAUAA